CCUAUGAUCUAAAAGGCAUACGCCUUCUGCAGUAAAGUAUCAUAUAGAAUAUCUUUAAGCUCUCAUACAGUUUAGAAAAUGAAAACAAAAUUAAAGAAAGGGAUUGCCUUUUGGUUAUACUGCUGACAUUUUACAGAGAGCAUUCAUGUUUCCACACAGGUUAGCAAAUUAAAAAUAAAUAAAGCCAUUUUUCUAACUGUAGGUCCACACCUUAAUGCAUUGUUUUUAGUGCUACUGUCUUCUCUGUGUCACAGCUCAGUCAUGCACUGCAGCAUUCUUUUUUUUAUUGUAUUUAUUCAGAAUUCAGCACCAGCAAAAAGAAAGCUAAGUUAGACUGUCUGCCACCAUGAAAAAGCCACAAACUCCAGGGAGACUGGAAGUCCUGCAGGUUUAUAAGCUCCUCCAAUGUGUGCGGAAAGAGGACAAGGCACAAAUAGAGAAGAUGGUUGGUCUUGGAGUCCCCAACCUUAUCAACGCAACUGAGCCCAAUGGUGGGGAAAGUGCCCUACAUUUAGCCUCUGUGGCUAACAACAUUGGAAUGUGCAGCUUCUUACUCUCACUGGGGGCACAUGCCAAUGUGCAGGACUUGGGUGGCUGUACCCCUGUGAUGAAAGCAGCUGAGCUGGGGCAUGAUACCAUUGUGGAAGUACUGACCGAGGCAGGAGCGGACAUGACUAUAGUGGACAACGAAGGCAAAGGUAUUUUAUUUUAUUGUAUUUACCCUUCCAAAAGACACCUGCGCUGUGCCCAGAUUGCCCUGAAACAUGGAGCUGAUGUUAACAAUUGUUCACUAAGAGGAAAACCUGUAUUUAUGGUUGCAUGUGAGCAAGCUGUGAACUGUUCCACAAUGUGUCUGAACAUUCUAGAAAGGGAAGCUGAUCCCAAUGCAACUGAUGAGUCUACAGGUUGUACAGCAUUAAUGGAAGCAUCAAGGGCAGGGGCAGUGGAGCUUGUUCGUGCUAUCCUUCAGAGAGGGGGAAACGUCAAUUCUUUAGAUAAGACAAGAAAUCAUGCCUCUCAUUUUGCAGCUGAAGGGGGCUUUUUUGAGGUAAUCCGAGUGCUUUCUGCAUAUAAUGCUGAUCUGUGUGUUGUUAACAUGCAAGGAAACACACCACUUCACCCUGCUGCCAAAGGAGGGUUUGCUGAUUGCUGCAAAUUCUUGGCCCAGAGAGGUUGCAAUCCUAAAAUCAAAAACCUGGAAGGAAGCACUGCAAGCAUGGUUGCUAAAGAGAAUGGGCACAAGGCCGUCAUGAAAGAACUACGCAAGGCAGAAAGACUUUAUGCCAAGUACGCCAAGCCUGGAGCGAAGAACCCCAACGACCCAUGGGCAAUAACUCUGUAUGACUGGGCCCUUGAGCACGAGGCAGAGCUUCGUAGUGCUUUCGAAUCUGCAGAAGAAACUGAAACUGAUACUGUCUCAAAGGACAACUUUGUUGCGGUUCUUCAGGAAAAGGGGGCACCAGUGGAGCAGGAGAACAUUCAAAAAAUUCUGUUGGCACAUGACAAGAGUCGAGAAGGGUUGAUCAAUAUCACUGAAUUCUUCAAAGGAACCAAGCUGCUGCAGAAGGCAUUUCUAAUGUCCUCAUAUGCCACCAAAAAGAAAAAAGGAAAAAAAGGCAAGAAAGGCAAGAAAAAGGGGAAGUUUUCAAUCCCAAUGCCAAUCUGCACUGUUCCUCAGGAGAUGAUGUUUCGUCGGGAUGAUGGCGGUCCUCCCCACUUCAUGAUUGAAAGUUAUCAGCAUUAUACAGAUUCAAACCGGUUUGAUCGGGAUCACCCUCCUGGACACCCCAUUGAGGACGAUUCAGCGUGGUACAUUGAUAAACCGCAAUUGUUCUACACAAAUAUCAAUUAUUGUGUAAAAACUGGGGAUUUUGAAUCCCUAAAUCUAGCCUUUAGCCAAGGAGUACCAGUCGACGUGUUGGACAAAUUCUACAAAACGCCCCUCAUGUGUGCUUGUGCCCAUGCAAAGUAUGAUGUUGCAAAAUAUCUUAUAAGCAAAGGAGCAAAUGUAAAUGCAUGUGACCAGUUUAAGUGGACUCCACUUCAUCAUGCCAGUCAUGCUGGGCAGCAGGAUAUUGUUGAACUGCUGGUAGAGUCUGGUGCUGAAAUCGAUGCUGCUGCAAUUAAUGGAGCUACUCCUCUGAUGAGAGCAAUAGAAAGUUGUAGGCCAGGAUGUGUUGAAUAUUUGAUCAAAGCUGGUGCAAAGGUUCAGAUUCAAAACAAGCAAGAGAAAAAUGCAAUGGACACUGCAAAGGCAUAUGCUGAUUUUAAAAUUGUCGACCUGGUGCAAGCAAAGUUUGAUACUCUUCCUAAACCGAAGGACAAAAAAGGAAAAGGAAAAGCACCUGCAAAACCAAAACCAGCUGCAAAACCCAAGGAACCAACUCCAAAACCAACUUCCCCAUCAUCAUCAGAUACAGGGUUAAAGAAACAAUUUCUUUUGGAGAGUGUGACACAUCAAAAUGCAAGAAUAGCCAGUGGAGCUACUAGGAAGAUAGACAUCACUUUCGUGCCAAAAACAAUUUGGACUAACCAGCCAACCACGAAUGACCUCAUUCAAAAGAAGGAAGAACGUAGAGCUCGCCUUUCCUAUGAAUCGGAUUUUGAGGAUUUUAUGAUGCCAUUUAAGAAGAACAUUAUGGAGAAAUCUCUUGAAUUAGGGGGUCCAGAAUAAUAAUAAUAGUAAUAAUAAAACAAUAAAUGGCUAAUUGUAAAAAAUCAAAAUGCCACAACUAUAUUAAAUUACUGUAGGAUAACAUUUUUGCAAAUACUGUGCAAUUAUUAAUGCAAAGGCAACAAAUAAGCUGUGAUACUUUAAAACAGGGUAAAAUAAUUAUUUUAUACUUUUUAGGAAAUUAUUUAAAUAGAGAUGACAAUGUAAGCUCAUUUUUUAAAGUUAUUAAUAAAUACAAUGCACCUCAGGACAACAGACACUUUACAGGCAGUAAAACACCACCAAGAAGUGUAAAAUUUUAUACUGUAAUCUAUAUCCACAAGUGAUAAUUUCCCUCGCAUGGUUUACAUAUUUGUCAUAGUGAUCAAUGGAUAUAACAAGGAAUCAUACUCCAUUUAAAAAUGUGUUUCUUGAGGCCAUGAUAGUAGUCCAAUGCAAAACUAAUAAAUAUGCUAAAUUAUUCACAGAGCCUUGUGAUGUCUGGUAUGAAAGGUCUGGAAUGAUUAAUUAAUCUGUUGAUUUUGAUGUACUUCCCUAAGGCAUAGAACUGACACAUGUUGUUUUUUUAUACUGUGAUAUAAUCAUUUAACAAUGCCAUUAAAUAUCACAUAAAAGUAGA